GGAUUACCCUAGCAACGGAAAUGUACACAAACAGACAAUUUACAAGCUUUCAACACGUUCCCAGCCUGGCAGUUUGAUUGAAAGUAUUCGCAGCAGAGAGGAAGAUGAGGUUUAAAUUGUCGCUAGCUGAAAAACCAUCUCACAAGGCCCCAGUAACCUGCGUUGGAUGGAGUAGUACUGAGGAAUUCUUCUCCGCAGGGGAUGAUGGUCUUAUUCUGUCUUGGUCUGCAUCAACUCUAGCCGCCACCAAAGUUGCACAGCUUCCAGAAUCAUGCUACCCUACUGAUAUGCAAUUCCUGACAAAUCGAGCAGGCAUGGCGGGAAAACAUCAGGAACUAAUUUUGCUUGCAACUGCUGAUGGCAAGUUCCACAUACUGAACAAAAGCGGGCGUAUAGAAAGAUCCGUCGAUGCUCACCAAGGUGCAAUAUUAUCCUCAAAAUGGGCUAAUGACGCAUCCGGACUACUUACAGCUGGAGAAGAUGGGCUUAUCAAGACCUGGUCAAGAAGCGGAAUGCUCCGCAGCACAGUUGUGACAAGUGACAGUUCAAUAUACAGUGCAUGCUGGUCACCGGACAGUCAAGCAGUUGCCUAUACUCAUGGAAAAUGUAUAGUGAUCAAGCAUUUGACACCAAAUACCAAGCCGCAAAGGUGGAAAGCACACGAAGGCUUGAUUCUUUGCAUUGCUUGGAGCUCCGCAUCAGAGCUGAUAGUUUCUGGAGGAGAAGACUGCAAAUAUAGAGUGUGGGAUAGCCAGGGUAGACAGUUAUUCUCUAGUGGAUAUCACAGCAACCAUAUUACGUCUGUGGCGUGGUCACCUACUGGCGACCUUUUUGCUGUGGGAUCCUUUGACGUCUUGAGAUUAUGUGAUUAUGCUGGUUGGUCUAUGUCUCUUGAUAAUCCAUCAACUGGUAGUAUAUACCAAUUAUCAUGGUCACCAGAUGGCACUCAAGUGGCUGGCGCAUGUGCCAACAGAAAAGUUGUAAUUGGUAGAGUAACAGAAAGAGAAUCAAGGUAUGAGAGAUAUCUGGCUUAUGUAACUGGUGAAAGGACUGUUGUUGUCAAAGAUAUGGGCCCUGAACCUACAGAGGAAGUGUUAGAAGUCGGAGAGAGAAUUGUACAGAUAGAAAUGAGAUAUAAUAAUUUGGUACUUACGACACCUGGACAGUGUUAUAUUUAUGGUACCAACAACUGGAACACACCAGCAAUAUUUGAUUUGAAGGAUGGAUCUGUAAUUCUAAUGUUAUUAUGUGAAAAGCACAUGUUGAUAGUAGAGAAAAGUACAGUGGGCAUUUAUAACUACCAGGGCCGACUAAUUGCUUCGCCAAAAUGGCCCAAAAUGAGGCUAGACACGUUAAGGAAAUCCCAAAUAUCACUUUCACCGGAUACACUAGGUGUGAGAGACUCUAUUGAUGCCAAAACUGUACAUCUGACAGAUUUGUCUAGUAACAGAACAUCAAGCGAUUUUACUUCGAUCCAGCAUUCCAUCCCGAUUAUUGAAGUCAGUUUGGAUCAAAGUGGUGAUCCAUCUGAUAGGACCUUGGCUAUUCUAGAUCGAACCAGAGAUCUGCAUCUGGUUCAGUUCAGAAGUUCAAACAAACAGUUCACCAAAUUGGGAAGGAAGAUUGAAUCUUUCCAAUGGUCUGCUACUCACAGUAUGAUAGCUGCUAUACAAGAUACUCAACUGGUAGUUUGGUAUUGCCCUAGUGCUGCUUUCAACUCAAAGCUUCUGAAACUCUGUUCGCUGCAAUAUGAAUCGGUGGAACUAGGUCGUGACCCAAGGAUUAACGACUUUGUUGAUAAUUCCGUUUCAGUUAGACGAGCCGAUGGUUCUCUGUUGAAUAUACCGAUAUCGCCGUUCCCUGGUUUGAUCCACCGUAACGUUCAAGAAAAUAAGUGGUCUGACGCUUUGAACCUCUGUAGAACUGCCAAUAGUGAAACUGCUUGGGCUUGCCUAGCGGUUCUAGCAACUCAAUCUCGGUCGAAUUUGAUAGACAUCGCCGAAGAAGCUUAUGCUAACAUAAAUCACCAUGAAAAAGUACUUUAUCUUCAGUUUAUUAAGACUUUGCCAUCUCAAGCAGAGCAAAAAGCUCAGCUAGCUCUACUCGGUGGAAGAGUUCAAGAUUCAGAAUCGAUUUUGCUCCAUAAUGGAAUGAUUUUUCAAGCAAUCUAUGUAAACGUAUCCUUACAUAACUGGACCAGGGCUUUGGAUUUAGCAGUAAAGCACAAAACCCACAUUGACACAGUUCUAUACUUAAGGAAGAAAUAUCUUGAUGGAUUGGGAAAAGAGGAGAACAACAAUAAGUUUAGCAACUUGAACGACACGAUACAAAUUGACGCGGAAAAGAUCGAGCAAAAGGUUACAAACGAGUUAAGGAAUGGAAAACCAAGCAUCUAGUUGUGUGGUUAUUGUUGUUUUUGUGUUUUUAAUUUUUCAAAUACAUAUAAUGAUGUGAGAUAUGUUAGACGUAUUCCCUUGUUAAAUACAGGGUGCGGCAGAGAG